UGCCAUACUUCUCCCUUCAAAUAUGUUUUGGCAUUCAAUUCUGAUUCUUAGACAUUGUUCUUCCUAAAUUACAAUAUUGUUCUUCACCAAACCAAUCUUCUUUCCCGGGUUGCUUCUUCUUUGGAGAGACCUGUUAAUCAAAGCAAACAUCAAAACAGAAAAUGGGAGCAAAAUCUUCUAAGAACAUUCACUGCCAUGUGCACUUCUAUGGUGAUCAUCGGAACCAGCCAUUAAGAUGUUCUUGUGGUCAUAGUCUUCCCCCAAGCACCAAUUCCGCGCCUUCUUCCCGACCCCCAAGUCCUAUAAUAAAUGGUGACGACUUUGAAUCCCUUGAACAGGUGAGUGAAGCCCUGGAAAACGCAGGUUUGGAAUCCUCCAACUUGAUCGUUGGGAUUGACUUUACAAAAAGCAAUGAGUGGACUGGGAAGAAAUCUUUCAUGGGGAGGAAUCUGCAUGACCUUGAUGGAGCUUGUCUCAAUCCCUAUGAACAAGCAAUAUCCAUCAUCGGCAAGACACUCGAAAAAUUCGAUGAUGAUAACAUAAUUCCCUGCUAUGGCUUCGGAGAUGUUACUACUGGUGAUCGGGAAGUUUUUAGCUUCCAUCCGGGAGAUACGCCCUGCCAUGGUUUUGAGGAAGUACUCCAUUGCUACAGAGAAACAGUACCUCACGUGAAUCUGGCUGGUCCGACAUCAUUUGCUCCAAUCAUCCGAAACGCCAUCAGAAUCGUCAACGACAGCUACGGCCAGUAUCAUAUUCUUCUGAUCAUUGCUGAUGGACAAGUCACAAGAAGUGUAGACACUUGUCAAGGCCACCUCAGUUCUCAAGAACAGAGCACUAUUGAAGCGAUUGUUGAAGCAAGCAAAUAUCCUUUAUCGAUAAUCUUAGUCGGUGUGGGUGAUGGACCAUGGGACCAGAUGUACCAAUGCGAUGAUCAAAUCCCAGCUCGCAAUUUCGACAAUUUUCAGUUCGUGAACUUUACCGAUAUCAUGUCCAAGGGUACUCCCCCAUCGAAAAAGAAGACCGAGUUUGCACUGCAAUGUCUAAUGGAGAUACCACCACAAUACAAGGCAACAAUGAGACUCCAACUUCUGGGCCAAAAAAGAAACACACAGGGGCAUUUACCUUUCCCACUGCCACGGCCUCCUCCAAUCACCUAUAUUUCCCGCAACCAUUUUCCAAACUUUAGGCGCACAGAAAGUGACAUAUCAUCUACAUCUUUCUAUGGUUCCUCCUCUCCAUCUCAUUCAGCACUUCUCAGAUCAUCUUCUGUGUCUUCGCCAUCGUCGUCGUUUAAUCGGAUCUGUUCACAAUGCUACAUCAAUGAGAAAGAUCUUGCACUUGGAUGUGGACAUCAGAUAUGCUCAGCUUGUGGUGAAGAUCUCAUCGCCUGCCCAAUAUGCCAAACCCACAUUACCAUAAGGAUAAGAUUGCGCUAUAACUAGCUGACAAGCCAGUUCCAGGAAUUCUCUGAAAGGCAUUUUCUGUAAUUCUGAAGUAAUCGUAGCAGAAAUUUGUGUGCUUAAGAACAAUCAAGUGUUUGAUCAUUUUGAUUUGUGUGUACAGAACAGAAGUGCACUUUGAUUUCAAAAGAUUAAAGGUAUGAUACA